AUGGCCUCGGAAUCGAAAUGCCCCUUUCCUAAGGUCGAUAAUGUCGCCGGCGGCGGCAUUCAGGCCAGAGACUGGUGGCCGAACCAGCUGAAGCUACACAUCCUCCGUCAGCAUACACAUGUCACAAACCCACUCGGUGCUGGGUUUGACUAUGCUGCAGCCUUCAAGACACUCGAUUACGAAGCUGUCAAGAAGGACCUGCAUGACGUUAUGACCGAUAGCCAGGACUGGUGGCCUGCUGACUUUGGCCACUACGGCGGCCUGUUUGUCCGGAUGGCAUGGCACGUUGCUGGAACCUAUCGCGUCUUUGAUGGCCGAGGUGGUGGUCGACAGGGCCAGCAGCGGUUUGCGCCCCUAAACAGUUGGCCUGACAAUGCCUCUCUUGACAAGGCUCGCCGUCUGCUGUGGCCCGUUAAGCAGAAGCAUGGAAGCAAGAUCUCUUGGGCCGAUCUAAUACAGCUCUGUGGGCAUGUUGCCCUAGAAUCUAUGGGCUUCAAGCCUGUGGGUUUUGCUGCCGGCCGUCCCGACACUUGGGAGGCCGAUGAGUCUACGUACUGGGGAGGAGAGAACACCUGGCUGGGCAAUGAUAUCCGUUACUCUGAUGGGAAGCCAGAUGCCUUCAAGAAGAGCGGGAAUAUCGAUGCUGAUGUGCGUGAGAGUGCCGACGCUCCGCACAAGAACAUCCAUACCCGAGUUCUUGAGAAGCCUCUAGGCGCUGUCCACCAUGGUCUUAUCUAUGUAAACCCACAAGGUCCUGACGGCAACCCUGAUCCUGUCGCCGCUGCUCGCGACAUCCGAGAGACCUUUAGCCGUAUGGCGAUGAAUGAUGAAGAGACAGUCGCCCUUAUUGCAGGGGGUCAUACCUUCGGCAAGUGCCAUGGCGCGGCAUCGUCAGACUUUAUCGGUCCCGAGCCCGAUGCUGCUGGACUUCAUGAGCAGGGCUUAGGCUGGAACAACAGUUAUAAGUCUGGUAAGGGACCCGAUACUAAUACCUCCGGCCUCGAGGUCACUUGGACGAAGACGCCUGUCCAGUGGAGCCACGACUACCUGGACUAUAUCUUCCGCUUUGACUGGGAGCUUGAGAAGUCACCAGCUGGCGCCUACCAAUGGGUGGCGAAGAACGCCGAGGCGACUAUCCCUGAUGCCUAUGAUGUUAACAAGAAGCAUCGGCCUAGAAUGCUGACUGUCGAUCUUUCGCUACGUUAUGACCCGGGUUAUAAUAAAAUCUCACGCCAUUUCCUUGAAAAUCCCCAGGAGUUUCACGAUGCUUUUGCGCGGGCCUGGUUCAAGCUCACCCACCGGGAUAUGGGCCCGAUCGAGCGCUACCUCGGUCCUGAAGUGCCUAAGGAGCAGUAUAUUUGGCAGGAUCCUAUCCCUUCAGUUACGUAUAAGCUGGUUGAUGAUAGCGACAUUGAUAUCUUGAAAGCAGAGAUCAUCAACUCUGGCUUAAGCGCUUCCCAGCUCGUGUCCACCGCCUGGGCUUCAGCUUCAACGUUCCGGGGUAGUGAUUUACGCGGUGGUGCCAAUGGUGCUCGCAUCCGCCUUGAGCCUCAGAUCAGUUGGGAGGUUAAUAAUCCCACUCAACUCAAGGUCGUUCUCGCUACUCUUGAGAGCGUUGCUAAGAGGUUCAAUAGCCUGCAGUCUGAUAGCAAGAGCAUCUCACUUGCCGACAUCAUUGUCCUUGGUGGCUCAGCAGGUAUCGAGAAGGCUGCUAAGGAGGCUGGCUACAACAUUUCGGUGCCUUUCACUCCCGGUCGUGGUGAUGCGACCCAGGAGCAGACUGAUAUCGAAUCUAUCAACUACCUACGGCCUGAUACUGAUGGUUUCCGCAACUACGGCCAAUCAACUGACCGCGUCCAGUUGGAGCAUUUUCUCAUUGACCGCGCCCAGCUCCUCGGCCUAUCCUGCGUUGAGAUGACCGCCCUUGUUGGUGGCUUUCGUGCCAUCGGUACCAAUUGGGACGGCUCUAAGCACGGGUACCUGACGAACCGCCCUGGUCAGCUCACGAAUGACUUCUUCAUCAACCUACUCGAUAUGAGUACGCAAUGGAGGCCUGUUGGCAACAGCGACGUCUUUGAGGGCUACGACCGAAAGACGGGCAGCAAGAAAUGGACAGGCACGCGCGUCGAUCUUGUCUUCGGUUCCCAUGCUGAGCUUCGUGCUGUUGCCGAGUCGUAUGCUGAGGCCGAUGGCGACGAUCGUUUUGUUCGUGACUUCAUCGCUGCUUGGGUCAAGGUUAUGAACGCUGACCGCUUCGACAUUACCAUGGGCAAGCUCACUCCGGAUACGUCUCACAAGCUGUAA